AUGCUUCUAGAUCUAGACCCGUCCGUAUCUUCCGCCAAUUCGGCGCAUUCUCCGCCGUUGUACAACACCAAUUCUUCCCACCUGCGUGACGAUUCCCUUUUGGCUGCUCCAUUGACAUCAUCUUUCACAUCGCCAGGUGCGUCGAGUCUCUCGACCACUGGUUCUCCUGGCCGACGGAACUCCCUUAGAGGUACCAGCAUAACCUCGAUUCCGCCGUCCACCCUCCCCACUUUGCCGAAGUAUCGGGCUGCUUGGGAUUCAAUCACUUCGUCUCCAGAGAACAAGAAGGCUGAAAGCAGCGUUUACUAUACGACUGCCUGGGGCUCCCCGUAUGCUGCACCUAGCCCUCGGAGACUCUCGUGGUCAUUGAGUCAGCACGCUGGUAACGGUCGAGGCUCUAGAGAUAGCUCUCCGACUUCGAUGCGCAGUGGUAUCUACCACGGGUCCGAAACGAAUAACCCCGAAUUAGUCUUAACGUCCGCCCCUGAAGACCCGACUACCCAGCUACACGGCAGUAUCCGCAACCGCUCUCCAGGAAGAGAUAUAUUCGGUAGAAGAGGAGGAAAGUCUAUCAAAGAUUUCACGCAAGAUUGGAUCAAUCAAUAUCUUUCCGGCCAGCCAAGGACCGAACGCAGCAACUGGCUGAGCGACGACUCUGGCAGCGAGGCCCCAUCGUUCUUUACCGCUCAAAAUCAUUUUGCAGACGAUCUCUCUGACGACUGGCUUGGUUUGGAACAAGAUAAGCGCGAAGAAGACUUACUCAGGACUCCAACGUUGGCCGACUUUGUGAACCGAAGAGCGGGAACUGGUAACGGAGAAGGUAGCGUCGCUCGUCAGAGGACUAAAGAAUAUUUGCACAGGAGAGCAGAGACACUGCGACAGGAAGACUUCUGGGGCUUUGCAUACGAUAAAGAUCCCCAACCCAUCACUAUGACGGACACAACAGAGGCACAGCUCCCCACUGAACCGGGGACCAAGGCGCUGCCUUCGGUUGAAAAGCCGCUUCCGCCUCCCCCUGCAGAUGCAUCGAACGAAAGCCUUUUGACUUUGGAGAACACGACAACAGCGGAACCGAAAGCUGUGAAGACGUCAGUUUCAGACAAGCCUGCACAACGAAUCAGAAAAAAGAUUGCUUGGCGCGGAAAAGCAUGCUUCGUCGGGCUUCCACCGGAAGACAAGCGAGGCAGCGAGGAGUCUGGGUACCAGUUGUUGACUGUCGAAGAUGUCAACAGGCGCCUAAAGUCAUGGGAAGAGAAAGGCUAUGAUGUGCGCGGAUUUAGUGUCGGCGCAUCAGAGGAUUAUUUGAAUACAGAAUUGGGCGGUCUUAGUCGUCCCACCUGGCCCGAUGCUACUGAAGUCCAGGAAGAAUGGAACUCCCGGAGCUAUACCGUUUGUUUUCCCAAUAAAGCUGUAUGGGAUGCAUAUGUAAACUUCCUCCAGGAAGAGAAGUUACGAGCUCUGGGUGUAUUUUUGGGUGAUGAUGAAGUACAACCGUCAGUUUCACCUGCAUCGGCCGCCAUGAGCCAGAUGGCACCGUUCCCUGGUCUUGUUUCCUCACCACCAAUCCCCACAGCGUCUGCGGCUAGUAACCCAUUGUCGCUGUCUCACCCGUUCUCUCCCCAGUUGAGUCAAUCCACGAAUGCCCGCAAUGGUAUGGGCUCUUUGACUUCUCCUGCUUCGCAGUUUGGUGUACAAACACCCUUUCUGGGGGUUGAUCAGAACCUGCUUCCUGGGUAUCAUAUUCCUUUCCAACCUACACCUCCAGCCCAGGGUUCUUUGACCCCCCAGAGUUUCUUCAAUGCACGCCAAGCAGGCGCGGUGUCUACCCUUGCUGGCACACUGCCAAACUUGACCUCUAUAUUAUCACCGGUCUCUCCGUUGAAUGAACAGAAUGUGUUCCACCCCGGCCUGAACGAGCAGCCUGGACUACCGAAAGAAGCUUUUGGCGAUCAUAUGGGUUAUGACAUGCAAGAUAACAUGGCGGAAGGCCAGCUAUUGCGCCCUAUACGCACCCCUACCGAAAACCCGGAUAACUUCCAUGCUUCGACAGUUGAGAUCGCCCAGCCCACACCUCGUGGCCAUAGUCGUGGCCACAACCUAAGCGAGACACUUCAGAAAGGCCUUGACCAAUAUGCACAGUCUGAAUACCACUUGGAAGAGUCGAUAAACAGACAAUUGGAUGAAGGUGACCGCGAACCCCACGGUUUCAAUGGUUCGGAUAUAUUGAAGUCUCGGUGGGCUUUGCCAGAGAAUACCAACCACGAUAUCCAACAUUUGCCUCAACAUGUACAUCAAUAUUACGGCGGAGUAUACCCAGGAGAUAAUGCACAGGAAGGCUCAGAUAUCGAUACUAACCCCAGUCUUUCUGGCACACCUCAUGGACCGCUUGCAAGUCAUAUACCUUGGCAUGAACCAAAUCCCAGCGCUGGGUCAUACGGCGGCGGACACCGCUCAAAGCUUUCGUCUUCUACUUUAAAUGUUGAUGCGAAGGAAUUUGACCCGACGGUGCCAACUUCCUCGCAGGCCUUCCCAUACCAGGAUAAUUCCUUCCAAUUCCCAGCGGCGAGCAAUCCUAUGUUUGCCUUUGGCUCUGGUGCGGGCUUCAAGCAGCCGGCAGACUCUUUCAAUGUGACCGCUCCUUCAUUCACGCCAGGCUCUUUCAAUGUCGCUGCCCCGGUUUUCAACCCAACCAAUAACCAUUACUCGACAGACCCUGGACAGUCUUCAGGCGGCAAAACUAAGAUCUUUGAUGAUGUCGACUUGUCCCAAGCACAGAAGCUUGCUAAAAAGUCGAAAGCUAUUCCCAUUGUACGCCCAGAUGACAACGAAACUAACCAAUACAAGGAAGAGGAGGCAGAGAAUGAAAAUGACCGGCCCGCUGCUCCUACAGAUCGCCACAAACGUGCCCGCCGUAGUCUUGAAGGCCCUGAUGGAGAAGCUCAGAUUAGCGUGUCUCAUGCUCUGUCAGAAAACAUCAAUGCUCAAGUAACCCAAUUACCCAAUACAACGCAUGUGUCCGCUGGAGGCAAAGAGAAUACUUCGCCUGAUAAGGGUGAUGUCAAUUCAGUGGAAAGGGAAGACGUUCCAGUCCAGGACCGCAAAGCACAGGAGCGGAAAGACACACCUGUUAGUGAAGCAUCAACCUGGAUGCCUUCUGAUACGAAAGAUGAGAGUGCAGACACACGUGCAGAAGCAUUAGGACAGAACCAGACAGCGACCACACAGCCCGAGCCAGAAGUAGCUGGUGACGAGAAUGCUGACUUGAAGCCAUCACUAGCAGUUGAGGCAGCUACCCCUUCUAUUGGCCCCAAAGAGAAAGAGCAAUCCAUGCAGGAUCUACCGAUACUCGCUUGA